AUGAGCGCAAUCGCUGGCAUCGUGAUGUGGGUGGUGACCACUCCAUUGAGGAACGUCUCGUGGGCGUUCCUAGAUAACGUCGUCGACAACGGUCGGGCUGUCUACUUCUUCGUGUACACCUGUGGUGAUAGGUACCUUGACGCCGCGCGGAACGCUAACGCCUUGUCACUCCCUCCGCUGGAGUAUGCGUGUGCUCUGAUCUCGUUGGCGUUCCUGAUUCCUAUUGCUGUGCUGCAAGAUUACGAGGUACAAUUUGGGAUAACGGGACGGCUGUGCUUGAGGUGGUGUGAGGCGUUCCACCACUCUUGCUGUUUGUUCGUACCUGACGCAGUACAACUACUCUGGAUGUCUACUUGCAAGUACGCCCGAGCUACAGGGGAAGCUACGGUGGCAGUGAUCGAGAGGACUGGCGAUUUCUUGAUGGGUAUCUACUUAGCUGUCUCGUUGAUGUUAUCCCUGUUGGUGUACUUGCCUCGACUGGUGUAUGAGAGCUUCGUGUGGGAGAGCUGUUACUGGAGUGUCACGGUGCAGGUGGUUGGCUGUUACAGCCAUGGGCUGCGUUAUUACUGGACGUGUCGCCCCAGACAACGUGAGGAGAGAGAACGCGCUAGCUUGGAGCGUCUACGUGGAACGCCUAAGAAAGGAACGCCGAAGGAGGUUCAAGAUGGAGACGCAAAGCCUUAUGGAACGCCGACGGGUGGCGUUCCAGAAGUGGUUGCUGGUGAGACCCUAGAGGGAGGUCUCGCCAUUUUCGCGGACUGCAUCCAGAAGGUCUGCUUGAAACAGGGUCAACGGGCUACAUCCAGCAAGACAGGACAAGAGGAGCAGACGUCGGCGUUCCACGUCUAG